CUUUUUCCAGAAGAACCUGUUUUGGCGUGAAGGAGAGUGGGCGGUCUCUUGCUCAGGACACCGUUCCUCCAUUCAAUUACAGCUAGCACGCUGCAUGGCGCACGAGUCUCGCCACAUGAAGAGGCACUAGUGAGGAUUCCAUGGCCUGCCACUCACUGUUGUUGUACUAGUCAAAUAGUUCAUACUGAUACACAUAUAUCAUGGGCGACAUAGACCAGAUGCACUUCACUGCAGUGGACUAUGCUAUCUUCGUGCUGCUCCUUGUAGCAUCAGCAGGCAUUGGUCUGUUCCAUGCAUUUUCAGGAGGCCAUCAGAGUACUACACGUGAGUUCCUGCUGGCUGAUCGCAGCAUGAGCUGCCUACCUCUCUCACUGUCCCUGCUUGCCACUUUUCAGUCGGCUGUCGCCAUUUUGGGUGCACCAGCUGAAAUUUAUGCUUAUGGCACACAGUACUGGUUCCUGGGCUGCUCCUACUUCCUGGGCCUGCUCAUCCCAGCACACAUCUUCAUUCCAGUUUUCUACCGUCUACAUCUUUCCAGCGCCUAUCAGUAUCUGGAGCUUCGCUUUAAUAAAACUGUACAGAUAUGUGGCACCUUGACCUUCAUCUUUCAGAUGGUAAUCUAUAUGGGAGUGGUACUGUAUGCACCUGCACUUGCACUGAAUGCAGUAACUGGUUUUGACCUCUGGGGGGCUGUUCUGGCAAUGGGACUUGUGUGUACACUCUAUACAACACUGGGUGGCCUCAAAGCAGUCAUCUGGACAGAUGUGUUCCAGACAAUAGUGAUGUUUGCUGGACAGCUGGCUGUGAUUAUAGUGGGCACCCACCAGGCAGGUGGAAUUUCUGAGGUGUGGAUGAAAGCCCAGAAUGGCAGCCGCAUCUCAUCCAUUGUGCUGAACCCUGACCCCUUGGAGAGGCACACAUUUUGGACACUGGCUGUUGGGGGCAUCUUCCUCAUGCUGGCACUCUACGGAGUCAACCAAGCUCAGGUCCAGAGAUACCUUAGCUCCCGUUCUGAAAGAGAGGCCAUCAUGUCCUGCUAUGUGGUGUUUCCAUGUCAGCAAAUAGUCCUGGCACUGGGUUGUCUCAUGGGACUGGUCAUGUUUGCUCGCUAUGGUGAAGACAGUCCUUUGGAUAAGGGCUACGUCAAGACCAAUGACCAGAUGGUGCUGUAUUUUGUGAUGGAUGUGCUCAGAGACCUUCCUGGUUUGCCUGGACUGUUUGUUGCUUGUCUUUUUAGUGGGGCUCUCAGCACAAUUUCAUCUGCCUUCAACUCCCUGGCAACGGUUACCAUGGAAGAUCUAAUCAAACCCUUUUAUCCUGGCAUGACGGAGGCACGAGCCACACUACUAUCUAAAGGGCUCGCUCUUGGCUAUGGACUGGUGUGUCUGGCUAUGGCUUAUAUCGCUUCUCUAAUGGGCUCUGUGUUACAGGCAGCACUCAGUAUUUUUGGGAUGGUUGGUGGGCCUCUUCUUGGCCUCUUCUGUCUAGGCAUGUUCUUUCCUUGGGCCAACUCUGUUGGAGCAGUGACUGGCUUGGUAUCAGGACUGAUUAUGGCUUUCUGGAUUGGAAUUGGCAGCUUCAUUUCCCGUAUGGAAGUACCAGGAACACCCAUAUUUAACACCACAGUCCUUCAUGACACAAGAAACACAACUGCUAUCAUGACUACAGUUAUUACUUCCAUCACAGCAAAACCCAAGCCCAGUGGACUGCAGGCCCUCUAUUCGUUGUCCUACAUGUGGUACAGUGCUCACAACUCAGCCACAGUUGUAGUGGUAGGACUGUUGGUCAGCUUUCUCACUGGACCCUGGAAGGAGAAGGACUUGACCCCAGGUACAGUUUACCCCGUGUUGGGAAUGCUGCUUUUUUUUCUGCCUGAGCGCUACAGGGAGAAGCUUUGCUGUGUUACUCCUCUGGAGCACAAGUCCCAGGCUCUGAACAGGCAGCCGUAUGAAAACAGACCGAAAGAGACCAGCAUUGUCCAAGUUCAGGAUGAACACAAGAACGAACAGGAGGAGUCCAAAACCUCAGAGGUCUCUUGCAAGCUGGUGAAUGUGGAACAGGAGACAGCUUUGUGAUUGUUCCCUAAAUCCUUUAUAUAACACAUGCUCAAGGCCAUAUUUAUUGUCUCAUAAACCAAACAAUUAUGACUAUCAUGAUGUCAGAAAAGUCUGUUUCUAUAUAGGUUAACCGUUCAGGUGUAACAUUACACAAUUAUAACGGUUGUUAUAUGUUACAUUGAUAACGCAAUACUAACAAAUUUAGCACUAAACUCACAUAGGAGGAUGUGUGUGGAUUGCACAAUUCAUUUUCUGUAUAAAUAGAAAAAUCUGACAUGACGUGAGUUGACCAAUUAAGUAAACAUUAAUUAACAAGUCUCAACAUUUGCAUGAUUCAUAGAAAAUAAUGACCUAGGUCAAAGUGAGUAAUCACAUCUUUAUACCUGAUCUGGUUUAUUUGAAAUAUGGUCCCUAGACAAAAAUCAGUAGCUUGUGCCAUUUCUUUAAACACUUUAAUAACUGUGCAAAAACUGUCAUGUCAUGUUUGGCUAAUACUUCCAAUUUUUGGUGUUUCAGUAUAGUAUUUUGAUGGGACAUGAAGCACAAGAGGCAACACCUGAGUCUGGAAAAUGACUGACAAAUACAGUUGUAGUUACCUUAGUCCAGGUGUCUUUUUGUUUAGUAACGCUAGUCCAUUAUUGGUGAAUGUGGUAUGUUUUGACUGGGUAACAUUAAUGUAUCUGUACUGCUCGGCAGGGGCAGUUCUAGGCCUUUUUUAGGGUGGCUUCAGCCCCCCUGUCUGUGGUCUCAGCCACCCUAAAACUAAAAAUUACAUUAAAAUGCAGGACAUGUCGUCGAUGGGAAAGAAAAUUUAUUUAUCAGUUUGAUCCAAGAGCGAUGUUUUUUACUUUGCUUUUAUGCACAUGCGUUGUAGUCUUUCGAAAGUGCGUCAUCAGCUGUCUGCUUUAUUAGAACGGAGAAGCACAGGUACGCGCAGCGUGCACGCGCAGUCAGAGCUGGAGGCAUUUAUCUAUAACGUUAAUCGGUGGAAAAUCGAAACCGAAUAUUCUUAUUACCAGAGUUGUAGCACAAACAAAAUAUUAAAGCAAACAAUCCAUUCAAUACUAAAUAAAAAUAACAUUUAUUGAUUUGGUUUUUGUCUUGUGAAUAUUAACAUUAGCUUUUUUUUUCAUAUUACAUUUUUUUACUCCAGAACCUCUUAAUGUUUGAAUUACUUGAGCAGACUUCAAUAAUAUCAAAUAAGAUCGUAAUCUGAAAUUUAUGGGACUCCAUAAUCGAUGUUUAGAAAUGAAGGAUGUUGCUGUUGGGGGACUUGUAUUUGACGUCAAUGCAACAAUCAAUUGCUUAAUUUGUUCUUUAACUCCAAAACUUGGCACUUACUGUUAAUUAUAAAACUCCUUAUAGAACUGCAUUACAUUUGCACUCUGCUAAUGUGGAAAUAAUUUUUUGGCAGUACAAAUGUGCGAAUAUAAACUUUUCCACUCACCAUAGUUAAUGGUUUAUGAGAUAACAAUGUUGUAUAUCAGAAAUUACUAUAUUACUAAAAAUGUGAAGAUUGGACAAUAAUAGAAAUCAAGUUGGCUAAAAUGAGUACGAAACCACAGGCUAUGAAAGUAUGUUAAGUGGCUUUAUCUGUGUUGAUUGUGAUAUUAUUUUUUGCUUUGCUAAACACGUGGUGUAUGUUUAACGGACUAAAUGCAGUCAUCACUUAUACUGAAAACUGCUGGCCUAGUUUUCAGUAUUUUUUUCUGCCUGAUCAGCUAAAAAUAUAACACACUUUAUUUUAUAUACCUAGGUCUUUAAAUUCACAGAUUCUCUCUGCCUUAAGACCUUAAAGCCAUCCUAUGGGGCAUUUCACAAUGGGGUUUUUCUGAUUUGUGCUGAUUAGGCUUUGUGUUUUUGAGAGUGUGAGAUAUGUUAUGUUGUCCCAAUGUGAAACAGCAUUUGUGAUGUAUUAGCUGUUUUUCUCUUGCAGUUUUUAUUUUAGAUUUAUUUCAGUGUGUUGUGUGGUGUUUAUUGAAUGGACCUCAAAUUGUUGUUCCUCUCCAAAGACCAAUAUAAGAUGUUUAUCUGACUUUAGAUUUGACAGUUUGUAAUCUGUCUGUAUUUUGUUGCAAGCAGUACAUUGUUGAGAUUAGAUACAGUUUGUUCUUUCUGAAAUCUCUGAUGGGACCUAGUAAAUAUUUGUGCUUUAAAAAAUUACAGUUGAAGGACAAGUGCUUGAAUUGACUAAAGCAGUGUUUCCCAACCCUUAAUCUAGGGCAUUAUUGAUUUAUUCUACAGUAUCUGCACAAUGGUGCAUUCAGUCUGUUACUUCGAAAGUCUUUAGUUUAAUGGCUUUUUUUUUUCAUUUAGAAUGACUAAAUGCAUAAGACUAAUUCUAGCUCCUGUUUGUUCUUUGGAUAAGAAUAUUUAGACCCCUAAUAGCUACAAUGAAAUAAUUGGGAGUUUAGACUGAAGUUCACUGCCAGAGAGUCAUCAUGCCAACUAAUAUGUAACACUGACUUUAUCUUGUCUUCUGAUGGAUUGAUAGAAAUGACUAUUAACUUAUAAACAUUUCUUGUCCUAGAAAUCUGCAUGCUGUCUGUCCAUCAUCUUUUCAUACCUGAUGUUACUUGAAGUGUAUGCACUAGUGCUUUCUUUCAGCAUCUUAAUUUCUCUGACACAUCAGUUUUAUUUUCCCUGUAACAAAUGCACAUUAUUGGGUCAUACUUCUUAUUUUAACAAAUUUGAAAGUAGAAAUACAUUCCAAUAAUUGUUUAAAAAAGAUCUUAUGCUGAAUUAGCUAACUCUUUACAUUGUAAUCUAAACAUUAUACCAAGGUAUUGUUUAUUUAUCACCUCUGAAGUCCGGAAAGCACUUUGCCACUGUGUGUCACUACUGCCUCAAUGCUUUAUUUCUCUGUACAUUUUUUUCAAAUUUGCAUUUAAUGUGUUAAGAAAGCAUAGCACUCAAGUAAUUACAAUCCAAGGCAUAAGAUUUGUAUAAUAAAUAUAUUAUGAAAAGAUUUAUUUUUAUAGAUAUUUUCACAUUUAUAUAUGGUUUCCCAUUUAGUCAUUCCUAGUGUGCAUCUCUCUUUAUGUACAUUUUUAUACACACACCCUGAUCAGCCAUAACAUGUAAGGCCCAGGUGAGGUAAAUACCAUUGUCUCCUUCUUGACGUUGAUGUUCUGGAAGCCGGAAAAAUGUACAGCAAAUGUAAGGAUCUGAGCAUCUCCACAACAGCAGGUCUUGUGGGGGGUGAUCCUAGUAUGCACUGGUUCAAGGAAAGACAACUAAUGCACACGUGACAGGGUCAUUGAUGCUUGUGGCGAGUGAAGGCUAGUCCAUGCAGACAGAUCCUACAAAAGAGUUUUGAAUUGCUGUAAAAGUUCAUGCUGGCUAAUAUAGAAAGGUGUCAGUAGAAACAGAGCGUCACAUAUAUACGCAUGUAUGUGAAAGUCAGUAUAGUUUUACUGCCUUGGUUAUGCUUUCACCCUGUUUGUUUCUUUGGUUGAAGUUUCAGAGAGAUUUCAGGAAGCACUAUGAAGAGGCAUGUGUUGGAGCUAGGGAUGGUGCAAUGGCAGUGAUGACACUUUGCACACUUACUCAGUGAUAACAAUGACACUUUGCACACUUACUUGAGCAAUGAUAGCGAUGACAUUUUUCACUCUUACUUGAGCAAUGAUAGCGAUGACAUUUUUCACACUUACUUGAGCAAUGAUAGCGAUGACAUUUUUCACACUUACUUGAGCAAUGAUAGCGAUGACAUUUACUUUAUGCUCUUGAAAACCAAUCAAAUCUCUUUGUAAUGAAAACUUAAAGUGUUUUUCAUUGUGUACUUUUAAAAAAAUGAAAUGUUUGCUUGGGAUUUGUAGUGUUUGUUUUAUUCAGAUUCAUCACCCUUUUACCUUCACUCAUUUAUAUUUUUUAAAAUUAUGUGAAAUAAACAUGAAUAUAAAUGUAGUACAAGUAUGAAUGUGGAUCUAAUAUGAUAGACAUGCAUAAGAUAAUAUGGGCCAUAAUAAUACUGCUGGUGUUUUGUAUGUGUUGUAUAGUUUUCCUUAAUAAAGAUGUCCAUUUAUCAA